AUGGCCUCCAAAGCCGCAACCAAACGACCACAGGACUUUGUCGACUUCCUCAACGCCUCGCCAACCCGUACGCAAAGAGCAGUGUAACAUGUGCGUAGCGCUGGCUGAUGCACCGUGUAGCUUUUCAUGCGGUCCGUUCAGCCAAGCUCCGGCUCGAGAAAGCCGGGUUCAAAGCCAUCAAGGUGCCUAGUAGGACAGCUAUCACUCAAUGGAGCUCGUACUGAUUGAUUGUAUUCGGUAUGUAGGAGCGAGACCCAUGGAAUGGCACCCUCCAGCCCGGCGGCAAAUACUAUCUCACUCGGAACGCAUCGACCAUUGUCGCCUUCGCUAUCGGCUCAGAAUGGAAACCCGGCAACCCCAUCGGCAUGGUAGGAGCCCACACGGACUCGCCCUGCCUCCGCAUCAAGCCUGUCUCCAAGCGCUCAGCAGAUGGCUUCCUCCAGAUUGGCGUGGAGACAUACGGCGGCGGAAUGUGGCACAGCUGGUUCGACCGGGACUUAGGAGCAGCAGGUCGGGCAAUGGUCAAGAGCAAGGACGGCAACAUUGAGCAGAGAUUGGUGAGAAUCGGCAAGCCGGUCUGCAGGAUACCGAACUUGGCGGUCCAUUUUGGUGGGUAUGAGCCGUUCGAAUUCAACAAGGAGACACAGCUGUUCCCCAUCACCGGGCUCGUGAGCGCAGAGUUGAACCGACAAGGCAAGACGGCGGAGCAAUCGAAGAAAGAGGAGGGCGAGAAGGAGAAAGAGGCUGGAUUCGAGCCGCUCAAGACGCCGACACAGAGACACCAUCCAUACCUCAUCGAUCUCAUCGCAGCGGAGGCCGAGUGCUCAGCAGAUGAUAUCGUCGACUUUGAAAUGGUUCUCUACGACACGCAGGCAGCAUGCAUCGGUGGCCUGAAUGACGAAUUCGUCUUCUCCGCUCGUCUGGACAACCUCGGAAUGACAUAUUGCGCCGUCGAAGGCCUCAUCCAAUCCGUGCAGGAUCCCUCAGCACUCAAAGGCGAUCCCACCAUCCGUCUGAUCGCCUGCUUUGACCACGAAGAGAUCGGCUCUCAAUCCGCACAAGGAGCAGACAGCAACAUGCUUCCUGCCGUCAUUCGCCGUCUAUCCUGCCUUCCAUCAGAUGGCAGCGAGAAGAGCUACGACAAAGUCACCGAAGUAGACAACAGCACUGCUUACGAACAGACUCUGUCCACCAGCUUCCUCAUCAGCGCAGACAUGGCCCACUCCGUCAAUCCCAACUAUGGCGGCAAGUACGAGCCCGAACAUCGCCCCCACAUGAAUGAGGGAACAGUCAUCAAGAUCAACGCAAACGUCCGCUAUGCGACAAACUCACCUGGUAUCGUCUUGCUACAGGAAUGCGCUCGCCGCGCGAAGCCCACAGCUUAUCAACUUCCCGAGUCGAAAUGCAAAGCAGGUGGCGUGCCGUUGCAGAUGUUUGUUGUAAGAAACGACUCGAGAUGUGGAAGCACGAUCGGACCCAUGCUCAGCGCCGCUCUAGGAGCGAGGACCAUUGAUGUCGGAAAUCCACAAUUGGCGAUGCAUUCCAUCCGAGAGACUGGCGGGGCGUACGAUGCGGAGCAUGGCGUGAAUCUGUUCGACAGUUUCUUUGAGCACUUCGGGGAGCUGGAGGGGAAGAUCAUGGUUGAUUGA